UUGUUUGCAACGUGGUGAGGAAGAAGAAAGGAGAGAGAGAGAGAGAUUGUGCGUGAUUUUGUGAGACUCAGAAAAAACAGAGAAGAAAAUAGAAUGGCAACACAUAUGCAAGAUCCACCUUCCAACUCAAAUCCAAAUCCCAAUGUUACAGCGUCAACGCCUUCUUCCAACGUCUUUAUUCGCGGCGGCAUUAACGGCCCUUCCACCACUCCCUUCGCCGGAGACGGCACCGGAGAAUCUCACUCUCAUCACCGGAGAGCGCACUCAGAAAUCAGUUAUCGUCUACCUGACGACAUGAUGGACCUUUCACCGUCGGAUCCGUUAAACGGCGGAUCUUCAACGGCGAGCCUGGAAGAGAUCGGAUCCGAAGACGACCUGUUCUUCACCUACAUUGACGUGGAGAAGCUCGGAGGAGGUGUAAACGGUUCGAAUCGUGGAGGAAAUGGAUCGGAUCCGAGCGGUUAUGGUAACGGUGCCGGAACAAGCGGAAACAACGACGGAGAGAAAAGUCCGAACGCUGCUACUACACCGAGAACGAGGCAUAGACAUAGUUGUUCCGUUGACGGUUCAACGUCGACGAGCAUGUUUGGAGAGAUCAUGGAUGCUAAAAAAGCUAUGCCUCCUGAUAAACUCGCUGAGCUUUGGACUAUUGAUCCAAAGCGUGCCAAGAGAAUACUUGCGAAUCGACAAUCUGCAGCACGCUCGAAAGAAAGAAAAGCCCGCUAUAUACAAGAGCUUGAGCGCAAGGUUCAAACCCUUCAAACAGAAGCCACUACUCUUUCUGCUCAAUUGACACUAUACCAGAGGGACACAACUGGUUUGAGUACUGAAAAUACCGAGCUUAAGCUUCGUCUGCAAGCCAUGGAACAACAGGCACACCUUCGAGAUGCUCUUAAUGAUGCAUUGAUGAAGGAAGUUGAGAGGCUAAAGAUUGCUACCGGGGAGGCAAUGAACCCCUCUGAAUCUUAUAAUCUGGGAAUGCACCAGAUGCAAUUUGCAGGGUCAAAUUUCUUUUCAAUGCCACAACAUUCAGGUCCUUCUGGUCACCAGAACAUACAAUUUCCUCAAUUUGGUCACUCCUCAUCUAACAUGCCAACUCAUCAGCUGCAACAAACCAAUUCUCAUCAAAUCUCAGAGAUGUUACAAAAUGACCAGCUCGGCCGUUUGCAGGGACUCGAUAUUAGUAGCAAAGGAACAACCCUCGUGAAGUCCGAAGGUCCCUCGAUAUCUGCAAGUGAGAGUAGCACUACAUUUUGAGUUUAACCUAAACUGCUUGACCUGCUGACUUAUUUAUGGUACUCUUUUGUCAAUUUGUCUAUAGUGUUGACAUGUAGUCACGUAAUGAAGGUUCUUUUUCAUUAAAUAUUCCAUUUAGAUUAAGAUUUAAUUCUUGAUUGUUUAUUCUUAUGGAUGCUCCCUAAAAUUGGGAAGCACCCUUGUGGUUUUGUCACAAAAAUUCCUGCAAUCAUGUUGAAGCGUGGCAUUUUUGUGCUUGUGGGUUUUAGAAGGAAUGAAAGGUCAUUCUCUUGUAUCUAUGUAUGUUGGGAUGUUUUUCGAUCCCUCUCUGGUCAUAUGUAUCAUCAUUUACAUGAUACUAAUAUGUAAACUGUGAUUUGUUGUUUGUUCCAAUUGAAGGAUAUGUAAGAUGCAUUAUCCAAAACAGAAAAGAAUCUAUAAGAGGACUUAUAGUUCUUCUAGUAAUUAUAAUUA